AUGAACAUAUCUGAAGGCCACAGGAACCAACUUUCCUCAGGUUUCUAUUUGAAUGCGCCAUCUCAAAAAACCCCUGAAUCUGCUUUGAAGAGCCCCUCGUCUGUAUUGAACCCUCCAUCCUCCCUAAAAAGGACUAUUCGAGACUACUUUUCAGCUUCUCCUAAAAUCAU